AUGGCGGGCCAUAUCAGAAAUGGCUGUGGUGAACCGAAAUCGCUUCAUAGCGCCGUGUAUACGUUCGGAUUCGACAAUACUUUGAAAUACAUGAGAGCAUACAGGGAGAAUCGAUCAUGCGAGUUCGCCGAGAGCUUGCACCAGGAACUCGGCAAUACAUUCAGACUUCCUUCAGCUAAAGGAAAUGGUGUCCAAACCUGCGAUCCUAAAAACGUACAAGCUCUGCUUGCUACUCAGUUCCACGACUUCGAUCUCGGAGGUCGUAGAGAGGCAUACAAGCCUUUGCUCGGUGACGCUAUUUUUGCCAGUGAUGGAAAAACCUGGGAACACAACAGGGCACUUCUCCGACCGAAUUUUGUCCGAAAUCAAAUUGCCGACAUCGAGGUUUUUGAAAAACAUGUUUUGCAGCUCCUGAAACAUAUUCCCCGUGAUGGUUCGACGGUCGAUCUUCAGGAGGUUUUCCUUCGCAUGACCGUGGAUUUAGCUACAGAAUUCCUUUUCGGUGAAAGUAUCGGCACGCUAAACAGCGGAUCCCUCGAUACUAACAACGAAUUCCCGAAGAAUUUCAAGACUUCCCUAGCAGGACUUCUUAUUCGCACUUUGCUAGGAUCACUCCGUGUCUUCCAUGGUAUCGGAAACACGAAAUUCAAGAACGCCAUAGCAGAAACGCGGAACUAUGUCCGCAAAAUCGUUAAGCGGGCCCUUGAACAAAGAGAACGACGCCUUUCUGGUCAAGCUGAGAAAUCUGAGAGUCCCGGUCAAAACUACGUUUUCCUCUACGAGCUUGUCAACCACGUUCAAGACGAGGAUGUUUUGAUUGGCCAGCUGCUUAGUAUGUUAAUCGCAGGUCGUGACACUACUGCAAUUCUUCUAAGCAUGACAUUCAUCACCCUGUCAAGGCGAGAAGAUGUAUGGUCCAAGCUGAGAGCUGAGGUGCUUACGCUGGAAGGAAGGAAGCCUUCAUUUGAAGAUCUCAAGUCAAUGAAAUAUCUAACAUGGGUUAUGAAUGAGACACUGAGACUAUACCCAGUUGUCCCUUUAAAUAUCCGUACCGCUACAGUUAAUACGACCCUCCCAAGGGGAGGUGGCCCGAACGGGGAUUUACCAAUCUUCAUCGCUAAGGGAUCAGAUAUCCAAUGGAGUACAUAUGCCAUGCACCGCCUACCAGAAAUUUACGGAGAAGAUGCAGCUGAAUUCAGGCCAGAGAGAUGGGAAGAUCUGAGACCCGGUCUUGCAUACAUUCCAUUCCAUGCGGGACCUCGGAUUUGCAUUGGACAGCAGUUCGCCUUGACUGAAGCCGGAUAUAGUAUCGUUCGACUUCUCCAGGAAUUCGAAAGUAUUGAAUCACGAGACCCAGAGCCUAUACUGAAGCGUGUUGGGUUGACACUAUCAAGCGCAAAUGGUGCGAAGGUAGCUUUGACACCUGUGCAAGCCUAA